AACAUAAACAAAAAGUAAAGAUUAUUUAAAUAAUAAGUAGAAGUAAAUAAGUAAGUAAAUAUAAAUAUGGAUUUUCUUAGGUUAGAUUUAUUUUCGUAACCCUUUAACUUUUAUUUUAGUAACAAUUAGAUCAAAAAAGGUUCUAUCUUUGGAGCAUUUAUUUCUGUCGGGAUAUUGGCAGCAGCUGUUGCUUACUUUGCUUACCUGACUAUGCAGUUUAUUGAUAAUAAAUUUGAACCAACUUUUAGAUCAUAGACUUUUGUCACUGAUGGCUAAACAUAAAUUAGCUUUUAAGAAGAUCUGAUGGCAUUCAGGUUUGAAUAUGAUCAUAAUUUAAGUAUUGAUGAAUACUAAGAGAAAUUAAAUAAAACCUUCCUUGUGACCUUAGCAUAUUAUGUUGAUUUUAAUCAUGAUACCUAUUACCCAACACAAUUAGAUAUAAUCUAAUGCUCAAAUCCAGAAUUGUAUGGCUUUAACUGCAUUGAUUUUUCUAAAAUAUCUGACAAAUAGCUAUUGUUGAACAACAAAGAAGAUAUUUUCAGUUAAAUUUAGUUGCUAGUUUAUGAUUGCUAUGCCACUGAUUAUCUCAAAACUACAAUUCCUUCUAAUUGUGCAGACAAAUAAGAUAUAAUAAAGCUUGUUAACGGCGAUUAUGCAGGAUUAAAUUUAAGAUUGUAUACUUCUUAGUACAAUAUCACUUCUAAGCAAAACCAAGUAAAUUUUAGAAAAGCAUUUAUUUACUCAGAAUCUGAUUAAUUUGUUUUUAUCACAUAAAACAUUCAAAAUUAAGUAACUAAAGUUUAGUAGGGAUUUGUGUUUCAAUCUUAAAAUGAAUAUUAAGGACCUAUUUAAUAUAAUUAACUGUAUUAAAUAUUUACUAAUCAAAAUUAUUAACCAUAUAUUGAAGUGAAUUUACAAAUGGAUGAAUUAGUUUCAGAAAUUUAAAUCCAAUUCCCUAGUUUUGUCCAAGUUUUAGUUCUAGUAAACAAUUUGAUUGUCUGGAUGGUCACUCUAGGAUACUUAUUCAAAAUUUAUUCUCAAAAACUAAUACAAAGAGAUCUGUUUUAUGUCUUUUUACAAUCUAUGUAUCAAGACACUUAUGAGUAGAACUUGAAAAAAAAUAAGCUAUUUAAUCUAAGUGAUGAAUGCAAAGAUACAGAGAUAAAUAAUGAAUUUUUAAUUGAAUAGUAAAUAAAUUACUAAUAAAAGAAAAAAAAAGAUAUUUAAAUUCCUUUAUUUAUGACUAAAUCAAGACAAUAUGUUGAGUAAAGCUAAUAAAAUGAUUUGGUUGACUAUCAAGAAAAAUCCAAAUUCUCAAAAGAAUUAACUAAUAUCAAAAACACGUAAUCUUGCGAAAUAUUAAGAACACAAUAACCAAACUUUAAUUUUGAAUAGAGUAUACAGAAAAAUUUAAUACAAACGAAAAAGUCUAAAUUAAACCAACAAAUUAGAAACGCAUGUUCAAAUUAGGAUAAAUAAACAUGCUCUAGCUUAGAGUCUUAAUUUCACUAAUCUACAUUAAGAAAUUAAUGUGAAACAAAACAAAGCGCUUUUAUUCCAAAGCUAAAUAAAACUUAAUAUUUAAAAAGCAACUGUAAAAAUAUUGAGUAUUAUGCAUCUAAGAUUAAAGCUAUUUAAGAUAAAAAAAUAUUGAAUGAUGCAAAAUCCCUUUUUUUUAAAAAAAAACGAACACGCCUUUUAUAAUUAUUUGAUCUAAAAAGAUUAUGUAAGAAGAAAGAAAUUGAUGAAGAUUAUUAUAACUAGCAAUAAAAAAUAGCAAAAAAAGGAAUAGAAAGAUAAGUCUACAAAAGCAUGUAAAUUCUAGAGCUAUACAAAGAUUUGAUAUUUAUCAAGAAGUCUAUUAUGGUGCUACUCAAAAAAGAUUAAAUAGCAGCCUUAUAACUAGUGGGAUAUUCUCAAGAUAACCUAAUUUAGUAAGGAAAUAAUAUGCAUAAAGCAUAAAAUCAAUAUAAUUAGCAUGUUUAAAAGAAUUAUUUUGAGUAGAGAUUUGAACUAUUGAAUUCAUAAGAAUUGUAAAGUGAGUACAUCAAAAAAUUUAUUAAGAAAUGUUAGUCAGGCUAAAAUUUAGACUAAGUAGAUUAAAGAAUAUAUUCUUCCAUUUUAUGA